UGAGAGUACCUAACAACUAGAGGAUGCUCUUUGUUUUAUACACACUGGAACUCUUGCACCUUUGCAAUUGUGGAUGUCAAAUUGGACUCCCUAUAAAACAGGAAUUGGACAGGUAUUCAAAAUCAACCAUUGGGACGGGCCAUGCUUUUAAAGUUUUGUCAACAUCUGACCUUUGGACGUGUUUAGAUUUGUGUUCUAGGUUUUCGAUGUGUCGCUCGGUGGAUUUGAACCGAGAUCAACAGACGUGCAGAUUAAAUGUAAGAUCCGCUGUAGAGGAACCUGAGCUGUUGAUGGCAUCUAGCGACACCUCUCAUAUACCGAAGGAGGACUUUCUCGCGAUCGUAAAUGAUGGUUGUUUUCACCACUCCUGCGAAAACAUGUCUAUGUGCCUAGGUGGGAUCUGUGUACCAAUAUUUGAUCUCCUAACAUCUCAAAUUCAUGAAUUAUAG